ACACGUGUGUCCAUUAUUGAGUUGAGCUAUGUCGCGUUUGGGUGUUUUGUCGCUGCUGCUUGGCUUGGCACUGGUUGCUGCCGAAUAUGACUACGAUGGCUAUCGUAUCUAUGAGCUCAGAGCGGCCAAUGCUGAGCAGGGGGAGCUGCUGUACAAGCUGAGCCAACAGGGCUACGACUUCCUCAAUCUACGUCGUUUGCUGGGACAAUCGUCACGAGUUAUUGUGAGUCCCGAUCAGUUGGAAAGCUUCGAGAAAUUGCUCUCGGAGCACCAGUUGAGUCACAGUCUAAUCAAUGAAAAUUUGGGUGCCACCAUUGCCGAGGAGUUUGCCCAGCGACAAGUGCAGCGACGUCUGUCGCCCAUCUCGGGCAAGGGCCGCCUCAGCACGGACCGCUAUUACACACACGAGGAGAUCACCAACUAUAUCAAUGACUUGGCAGAUCGUUUUCCGACCCGUGUGUUUCUCAAGACUGUUGGAUGGUCAUAUGAAAAGCGUGAGCUGAAAACUAUUACAAUAACUAAUGGCGAUCGUCGGGCCAACAAGAAGGUCAUCUUCAUGGAUGGUGGCUUCCAUGCACGUGAAUGGAUAUCUCCAGCAGCUGUACUGUAUGUCAUUGAACAGUUGGUAGAGAAGUUCGAUGAGAAUGCCGAACUGCUCAAGGACUAUGACUGGAUCGUUCUACCGGUGGUUAAUCCAGAUGGCUAUGAGUAUACGCAGACAGGAACCCUAGCUCGUUUAUUCCGUAAAACUCGGCAGCCGUAUAAGCUUCUGGGCCAGACCUGCUAUGGUGCUGAUCCCAAUCGUAACUUUGACUUUCACUGGAAUGAGGAGGGCGCUUCAUCGAAUCCCUGCUCUGAUACAUUUGCUGGGCCGCAGCCUUUCUCGGAGCCAGAGACGCAGGUGGUGCGUGAUAUAUUGCACACGUAUGCGGAUCGAGGCAUUAUGUAUUUGACAAUUCACUCCUAUGGCAACUACUUACUCUAUCCAUGGGGAUGGACUUCAGAAUUGCCUGAAACUUGGCAGGAUCUUGACGAUGUGGCUCGUGCUGGCGGUGAUGCCAUAAAGGAAGCGACUGGAACUGAUUACGCGGUGGGCAGCUCUACCAAUGUGCUAUAUAUAGCUGCUGGUGCUAGCGAUGAUUAUGCCUUCUAUGCUGGCUUCAAUAUUUCCAUUACCAUGGAGUUGUCUGGAGGUGGCAUAACAGGAUUUGAUCCUCCUGCCAGCAAAAUUGACGAGUUCGUAACGGAGACAUGGAUUGGCAUUCGUGCCAUGGCCGAAAAGGUUAUUGAAAAGUACUAAAUAUAAUCGAAAAUUUUGGAAUAAGCCCAGUUA